UCUCUGCGGGCCACCGACGGGCGGGCGCUUCGCGGUUUGAAUGGCUGCGGGCCCCGACCCUCGACUCACCUGAGGACCGGCCCAGGGUUACGCUAUGCGGUCGGGAGGCGACCAGUCCCCGCCUCCCCCGCCUCCCGCUCCCGCGGCGGCAGCUUCGGAUGAGGAAGAGGAUGACGACGGCGAGGCGGAGGACGCGGCGCAGCCGGCCCAGUCGCCGGCCCCUCAGACCCAGCAGCGGUUCGACGAGCUGUGCAGCCGCCUCAACAUGGAUGAGGCGGCGCGGGCCGAGGCCUGGGACAGCUACCGGAGCAUGAGCGAGAGCUACACGCUGGAGGGAAAUGAUCUUCAUUGGUUAGCAUGUGCCUUAUAUGUGGCUUGCAGAAAAUCGGUGCCAACUGUAAGCAAAGGGACAGUUGAAGGAAACUAUGUAUCUUUAACUAGAAUUCUGCGAUGUUCAGAACAGAGCUUAAUUGAAUUUUUUAACAAGAUGAAGAAAUGGGAAGAAAUGGCAAAUCUACCGCCACAUUUCAGAGAACGUACUGAGAGAUUAGAAAGAAACUUCACUGUUUCUGCUGUAAUUUUUAAAAAAUAUGAACCCAUUUUUCAGGACAUUUUUAAAUAUCCUCAAGAGGAGCAGCCUCGUCAACAAAGAGGAAGAAAACAGCGGCGACAGCCCUGUACCGUGUCUGAAGUUUUCCAUUUUUGUUGGGUGCUUUUUAUAUAUGCAAAAGGUAAUUUCCCCAUGAUUAGUGAUGAUUUGGUCAAUUCUUAUCAUCUUCUGCUCUGUGCUUUGGACUUAGUUUAUGGAAAUGCCCUUCAGUGUUCUAAUCGUAAAGAACUUGUGAAUCCUAAUUUUAAAGGCCUAUCUGAAGAUGUUCAUGCUAAGGAUUCUAAAACUUCCUCUGACCCACCUUGUGUCAUUGAGAAACUCUGUUCCUUACAUGAUGGCCUAGUUUUGGAAGCAAAGGGAAUAAAGGAACAUUUCUGGAAACCCUAUGUGAGGAAACUUUAUGAGAAAAAGCUCCUUAAGGGAAAAGAAGAAAAUCUGACUGGGUUUUUGGAACCUGGGAACUUUGGAGAAAGUUUUAAAGCCAUCAAUAAGGCCUAUGAAGAGUAUGUCUUAUCUGUUGGGAAUUUAGAUGAACGGAUAUUUCUUGGAGAGGAUGCUGAAGAGGAAAUUGGGACUCUCUCAAGGUGUCUGAAUAGUGGGUCAGGAGCAGAGACUGCUGAAAGGGUGCAGAUGAAAAACAUCUUGCAGCAGCACUUUGACAAGUCUAAAGCACUUAGAAUCUCCACACCACUUACUGGUGUGAGGUACAUUAAGGAUAACAGCCCUUGUGUGACUCCAGUUUCUACAGCUACACAUAGCUUGAGUCGUCUUCACACCAUGCUAACAGGCCUUAGGAAUGCACCAAGUGAGAAAUUGGAACAGAUUCUAAGGACAUGUACCAGAGAUCCAACCCAGGCUAUUACCAACAGAUUGAAAGAAAUGUAUGAAAUAUAUUCUCAGCAUUUCCAGCCUGGUGAGGAUUUCAGUAAUUGUGCUAAAGAAAUUGCUGGCAAACAUUUUCGUUUUGCAGAGAUGCUUUACUAUAAGGUAUUAGAGUCUGUUAUUGAACAGGAACAAAAAAGACUGGGAGACAUGGAUUUAUCUGGCAUUCUGGAACAAGAUGCAUUCCAUAGAUCACUCUUAGCCUGCUGUCUUGAGGUCAUCACUUUUUCUUAUAAGCCUCCUGGGAAUUUUCCAUUUAUUACUGAAAUAUUUGAUGUGCCAGUUUAUCAUUUUUAUAAGGUGAUAGAAGUAUUCAUUAGAGCAGAAGAUGGUCUUUGUAGAGAGGUGGUGAAACACCUUAAUCAGAUUGAGGAACAAAUCUUAGAUCAUUUGGCGUGGAAACCAGAGUCCCCACUCUGGGACAGAAUUAGAGACAAUGAAAAUAGAGUUCCUACAUGUGAAGAGGUCAUGCCACCUCAGAACCUAGAAAGAGCUGAUGAAAUUUGUAUAUCUGGGUCCCCCCUGACUCCCAGGAGGGUGAGUGAAGUUCGUGCUGAUACUGGAGGACUUGGAAGAAGUAUAACAUCUCCAACUACAUUAUAUGAUAAGUACAGCUCCCCAACAGCCAGCUCUACCAGAAGGCGGCUAUUCGUUGACAAUGAUAGCCCCUCUGAUGGAGGGACACCUGGGCGCAUUCCCCCACAGCCCCUUGUCAAUGCUGUCCCUGCGCAGAAUGUGUCUGGGGAGGCUGUUUCUGUCACACCAGUUCCUGGACAGACUUUGGUCACCAUGGCAACAGCCACCGUCACAGCCAACAAUGGACAAACAGUGACCAUUCCUGUACAAGGUAUUGCAAAUGAAAAUGGAGGGAUAACAUUCUUCCCAGUCCAAGUCAAUGUUGGGGGGCAGGCACAAGCUGUGACUGGUUCCAUCCAGCCUCUCAGUGCUCAGACACUAGCUGGAAGUUUGAGCUCUCAACAAGUAGCAGGAACAACCUUGCAAGUCCCUGGUCAGGUGGCUAUUCAACAGAUUUCUCCAGGUGGACAACAGCAGAAACAAGGCACACCAUUAACCAGCAGCAAUAUUAGACCCAGGAAGACCAGCUCUUUAUCACUUUUCUUUAGAAAGGUUUACCAUUUAGCAGGUGUCCGCCUUAGGGAUCUUUGUGCUAAACUGGAUAUUUCAGAUGAACUGAGGAAAAAAAUAUGGACCUGCUUUGAAUUCUCCAUAAUUCAGUGUCCUGAACUUAUGAUGGACAGACAUCUGGACCAGUUGUUAAUGUGUGCCAUUUAUGUGAUGGCAAAGGUCACAAAAGAAGACAAGUCCUUCCAGAAUAUUAUGCGUUGUUAUAGGACUCAGCCACAGGCCCGGAGCCAGGUGUAUAGAAGUGUUUUGAUAAAAGGGAAAAGGAAAAGAAGAAAUUCUGGCAGCAGUGAUAGCAGAAGCCAUCAGAAUUCUCCAAUAGAACUAAACAAAGACAGAACCAGUAGAGACUCCAGUCCUGUCAUGAGGUCAAGCAGCACCUUACCAGUUCCACAGCCUAGCAGUGCUCCUCCUACACCUACUCAUCUCACAGGUGCCAACAGUGACGUGGAAGAGGAGGAGCGGGGAGAUCUCAUUCAGUUCUACAACAACAUCUACAUAAAACAAAUUAAAACAUUCGCCAUGAAGUAUUCACAGGCAAAUGGAACGGAUACUCCUCCACUCUCUCCCUAUCCAUUUAUAAGAACAGGCUCUCCUCGCCGAAUACAGUUGUCUCAAAAUCAUCCUGUCUACAUUUCCCCACAUAAAAAUGAAACAGUGCUUUCUCCUCGAGACAAGAUUUUUUACUACUUCAGUAAUAGUCCUUCAAAGAGGCUGAGAGAAAUUAACAGUAUGAUACGGACAGGAGAGACUCCAACCAAAAAGAGAGGGAUCCUUUUGGAAGAUGGAAGUGAAUCACCUGCAAAAAGAAUUUGCCCAGAAAAUCAUUCUGCCUUGCUACGCCGUCUUCAAGAUGUAGCUAAUGACCGAGGUUCCCACUGAGUGCUUGCCAUCAAGGCUGCUUAGACUCCAAACUGGGAUUUUUUAACUCUGGCAAAAGCUUUUAUAAGUAUUGCAGAGAACAAAGCAUGGUCAAAUAUGUGUAAGAGAUUGACAUGCUGCAGCAGAGGAACUGUACUUCAAUUCAUUCCUACCCAUUUAUUCAUCGGGUCUGGCCCUCAUGAAAAGCAAAGCAAAAACUAGGUUUGUUGUCUUGAAACAUUUGUUAGGAGUGUGAGAUUUUUGCAUUCCUAAAACAUAACAAGGAAGAGAGCCCAAACACAGAGGUCCUAGGUUAUCAGCUCAAGUCUUCCAUUCCUUUUGUGUAAUUUUUCCCUUUCUCCAUUAGGUGUGGUACAGUGUGAUAAAUGCUUGAUUAUUUGGUGUGCAAUGUGUGAGUGAACUUGUAUAAGAAGUGGCACUUUAGGGCUGUAAAAAGCAUGAUUUGUAACCCAGAUUUUGCUAUAUAUUUGUGAUGGCACUUUCUACAAUGUGAAUUUUAUUAAGUACAAAAUUUCUAGGCUAAACAUUCAGUAUCUUCUUUGAAGCUUUUGUACUUUUUUUUUAGACUGCUAAAGCCCCAGUAGCUACCUUUUGGGCAUGCAUUUUAAGUUCUCCGGUUUUUGUUAAUAGGGAUCAACUUGGCUAAGUAAAGACUUUAAAUCAAGUUGAAUUAAGGGGAAUAAUAUGAAAAAUAAUGACCUCUUCAGGAGGUACUCAAAAGACGUGUCUAUUAAGGUGAUAUAUAAAAAUAUUUGGGUGUGUUGCUGACGGUUUUAAAAAAUAGGUUGGAGAAUUUAGGUUUUUAUUAGCACAUACUACCAUUUAUACAAAUUAGAAAAUGUUAUUUAACAGCUACUGAAUUAUCCAUAUAUACUUUUAUUAAUCACUAUUGUUCCAGCGGUUUUAAAGUUGAAUGAAUAAUCUUAUUAGGGAGAAAAUUCAAUUGUAAAUUGAAUCAAUAAAAACAAAGUUACUAGGUAACUUCAUAUUGCUCUGAAAUAUGGAACUUACACUGUUCAAUUAGAAUAGUGUUCUUCAAAAAUAUUUAUAAAACCUCUCAAGAUACUUAGUGCUACUGUAAUUUUGUAUGAAAAUAAGUAUUUUUCAAUAAAGCAUUUAUAAAUUAA